CUGCAGAUAAGGUGAAAAAAGAUUGAAACUCCGGGGCGGGUCUGGCUCGGAGGCUGGCCGGUUCCGGCGGAUGGCGCGUGCCGCCGGCAAUUCCGAGUCUUGACUGCAGCGACCAAUUUGCGUCACGCUUUCAUUUUGAUGUAUAAAUGUGGGUUCCGAUUGCGCUGGGCGGAUGUCUCUUUAUUGUUCCAGGUUGCCCUGCGUUUCUCAUCUCCGAUAGCGGCUUCCGCUUCGCCGUACGCAAGGAGUCACACCCGUGCCUCCGCCCGUGGUCACGUGCUGCGUGGCCCUCGGCGAUUCCUGCCAGGGCACUUCCCGGGAUUCCACGGCAAAUCCCAAGAGGCCAUUGCGGCAGGAUGGAGCGGCCGUCUUCAGGGCUCGCGCUGGGGCCGUGUAUUUUUUGCUUUGGUGGCUGGUUUUUUUGUCUGGGUGGGUGGUGUAUUUUUUAUCUGGGCGGGCGGUGUGUUUUUUGCUUAGUUGGCUGGUUUUCUUGUCUGGUUGAUUGGGUUUUCUUGUCUGGUUGAUUGGGUUUUCUGUCUGGGGUUGGUUGGUUUUUGCAUGGGUGACUUUUAGUUGGAUCCAACCUUCUAUGUCAAGGGGGACGUCUUUCUCUCCGCCGUCUACGUGAUGGUAUGUUCAUGUUUGGGAACAAUGGACAUGCCCCGGUCAAAAACAGCGCAUUUGACUUGUUUAACUUUGGGGAAAUUAGGGAAAGCUGUCUGCUGCGUCGAGCAAGCUUAUUG